AUGGAGAUCAAGAAAUCAGACGAAAAAUCAGGUAGAGUCGCAGCCACAAAUGCAGCUCUGCCCACCUCGGACGAGGACCAGGUCGUAGGGGUGAAGGAUGAUGGACCAACUGUGGAUGAUAGUCUGAUUCUCACUGGGAGGAAACUCUUCUUGGCGCAUACUGGGUUCCUCCUCGCCGUCUUCUGCUUUUCUCUCGACCAAACCAUCGUCGCUACCGCACUUCCCAAGCUUGCGUCUCAGUUUAAUGCACUGGAUCAGCUCACUUGGGUUGUCUCUGUGUACCUCUUGUGCACCGCAGGGUUAAUGCUUCUAUUUGGACAACUCUUGACAGUUCUCAUCGCGAAAUAUGUCUACCUCAGUUGCGUCGUGAUCUUCGAGGCAGGCUCCUUGAUUUGUGGAUUGGCACCCAAUAUGAGCGUUCUGAUUCUUGGUCGAGCCAUUCAAGGCGUGGGGGCUUCGGGCAUAUUCACAUCGAUCCUUGUUAUAUUUGCUCAAAUCACCCGGCUGGAGUCAAGACCAAUCCUCAUGGGUAGCUUUGGCGCCGUCUUUGGGGUUUCUAGCGUUUUGGGCCCACUCCUGGGCGGCGUAUUUACUGACCAUGCUACCUGGCGCUGGUGCUUCUAUAUUAAUCUUCCUAUUGGUGGUAUUUCAAUCAUGACCGCUAUUCUCUUUCAACCUGCCAACCCUCCUCCUGGAGCUGCCACCGAUUCACGGUCAACAGUGGAAAAGGUCCUCUCCUUGGACUGGAUUGGUGGCUUGCUCUCUGUUGCAACCGUUAUAUGUCUCCUACUACCGCUCCAAUGGGGAGGCGUGACUCGACCGUGGGAUGACAAGGUCAUCAUUGCCCUGUUCGUCGUCUUUGCUGUACUCCUAAUUGCCUUUAUUGCAUGGGAGUAUCGUAAAGGAAAGGACGCGAUGAUGCCUCUAUCCCUCUUCCUCAAUCGUUCCCAAGUUGGCGCGUCACUCGCCGUGGUGAUGUCCCGUAUUGCGUUUCUGGGGGCAAACUACUACCUUCCCUUCUUCUAUCAAGCAAAGGACGCUCUGCAAGUCAAAGUGGCUAUCAUUGGAAGUGGAUUCGUCAAGCGUACCGGACAUUACUACGCCUUCCUGGUCAUAGGGCCCCUAUUUGCCUCUAUCGGUGCAGGUCUUCUCAUUCCAAUCAACGAGGCCACAUCAUCGGCCAGGCUUAUUGGGUACCAGAUUAUUUUUGGGGCAGGUAUUGGCCUUGCACUGCAGCUUCCUAUGCUAGCAAUUCAAGCGGAAUACGCUGAUCGACCCCGUAUGGUCCCCCAAGCCACAUCGCUUAUCAUGUUUUUCCAAAUGCUUGGAGGCGCUAUCGGAAUAGCUAUUGCCGGAUCCGUGUUCAACAACCAAUUGUCGAAAGAGUUACCCAAGUAUGCACCAAAUCUUCCACCAAAACUGGUCGAACUUGUCAAACAAUCGGUCACCGUCAUCUUCGAGCUGGAUCCGACUCUGAGGAGUAAUGUAGUUCAUGCAUACAUCAAAGCGCUCGGCUACGUCUUCAUCGUAGCCGUACCCGCAUGCAUACUAUGCGCAAUAGCCUCCGCCUUUAUACGGAGUUGGAACGUUAAGACCCGAGAGGAGGAAAGUCGCAAACCAACCACAAGUACACAAGCAUAG